AAAAAAAAAAAAAAAAAAAAAAAAAAAAAAAUGAACUCCUCUAUCGAAAACGAAUACAGACGAACAAAUGAAUUGAAAGCUUUUGAUGAAACAAAAUCCGGUGUCAAAGGACUUGUUGAUGCUGGAACUACUCAAAUCCCUCGCAUUUUCCAUCAUCCACCUGAUGAACUAGACAAGAUCUCAAAUACUAUCACUUGUGAUCAUGCCAACUUCACUUUUCCUAUCAUCGACCUCCAAGACAUCCAUAAAGAUUCAGCUUUACGCAAGGAGAUCAUCCAAAAAGUGCAAAAUGCAUCAGAAUCUUGGGGAUUUUUUCAAGUGCUCAAUCAUGGAAUCCCUGUCAGAGUUCUGGAGGAGAUGAAGGAUGGUGUCCGUAGGUUUCACGAGCAAGAUACUGAGCUGAAAAAAGAAUUAUACUGUCGUGAUUUGGCAAAAAAGGUUGUAUAUAAUAGUAACUUUGAUUUGUAUAGUGCACCAUCAGCUAAUUGGAGAGAUACUUUUGCCAUACAAAUGGCUCCUGAGCCUCCCAACCCAGAAGAGCUGCCAGUUGCCUUCAGAGAUAUAGUAAUGGAGUACUCCAUGGAAGUACAGAAACUGGGAAUUUUACUAUUCGAAUUAUUAUCAGAGGCUUUGUGUCUGAAACCAAGCUACUUGGAAGACAUGGAAUGUGCACAGGGUCUUUUUGUUCUGGGCCACUACUAUCCAGCAUGCCCUCAGCCAGAAUUAACAAUGGGGACAACCAAGCAUGCAGAUAACGAUUUCCUCACAGUUCUUCUUCAAGACCAUAUUGGUGGCCUCCAAGUUCUUCAUCAAAAUAAGUGGAUUGAUGUUCCUCCUACACCGGGAGCUCUUGUGGUUAACAUCGGAGAUCUUCUACAGCUGAUAUCAAAUGACAGGUUUAUAAGCGUAGAGCAUAGGGUGCUGGCAAACCGUAUUGGACCAAGAGUAUCAGUGGCAUGUUUUUUCAGUACAGCUUUAAUGUCAAAACCCAGACUGUAUGGACCGAUCAAGGAAUUGUUAUCGGAAGAGAAUCCUCCUAAGUACAGAGAAACCACAGUUAAGGAAUUUGUUGCCUACUUCAAUGCUAAAGGGCUUGAUGGGACUUCUGCUCUUCAGCAUUUCAAGCUCUGAACUGGCCAGUAAAGUACAUAUUGUGAGCAUUUAAACUCAUGGAUAUUUGUUAUUUAUGACGAUUAUCAUUUCUCUGCAAGCUCAGUAAGAAAUGCAAAUUUCUGUAUAGGAUUGAAGCCCCGUUCUACUGAAAUUUUCAGCUUUGUCACAGUAAAAUUGUUGAAUUAAAUUGAACCUAUAUUAUAAAUCUCUAAAUCUGUCAGAGUCGAUGAGAUUUUUCCUAUUUUCUGGGAUUUGUCUUUCAAA